AUUGGUGUGCCACCUCCUGCGUGGGUAACUGUACCUGCGGUGCAUGGCAACUUAAAUUGAAAAUGUCGCGUAGAAGAAGUAAUUACACACAAUGAGUCGAAAAGGAUUAACUGUGGUUCCGGACGAUUGGUGAUAAUUCGAAUUUAGAUUGCUGAUUUACUAUUUUUAAUGUGACAGAAUAAGACUUUAUUGGCAAUAAUUUGAAAACGCAUGAAGGACAAACUCUUUCGGAAAAUGAAGGUCUUGGAACGAUGGCUGCUUUUACUCCUGUUGCUUCUCGGUGGAAACGUUCUUCAGUGUGAGGCGGGGAGCUCGGUCACCUUGCCGGAGUCCCUGCUCUUUGUGUCCACUCUGGACGGCAGCCUGCAUGCGGUCAGCAAGCAAUCCGGGGACAUUAAGUGGACACUGAAGGAAGACCCCAUCAUUCAAGUCCCGGUCUACCUAUCUGAACCCGGCUUCCUCCCGGACCCUAACGAUGGCAGCCUGUAUGUACUUGGAGGCAAGAACAAGGAGGGCCUGAUGAAACUGCCCUUCACCAUCCCAGAGCUGGUACAGUCGUCUCCCUGCAGAAGCUCCGAUGGAAUACUCUACACAGGAAAGAAGCAGGACACGUGGUUCGUGGUGGACCCUCAGACCGGUGAGAAACAGACCAGUCUGACCACCGGCUCCUCUGAUUCCGUCUGCCCCUCUGCACCCUUGCUGUACAUUGGCCGCACAGAGUACAUGAUCACAAUGUAUGACACCAAGACGAGGGAGCUGCGCUGGAAUGCCACCUACAAUGACUACUCAGCCCCUCUGUAUGAUGAGAAAUAUGAUUACAAGAUGGCGCACUUCACCUCCAGCGGGGACGGCCUGGUGGUGACGGUGGACAGGGACACGGGCGACGUGCUGUGGAUGCAGAACUACGGCUCGCCGGUGGUGGGCGUGUACCUGUGGAUGCAGGACAGCCUGCGGCGCGCCCCGCACCUCAACCUGGCCAUGGAGACCCUGCGCUACCUCACCUUCACCUCCCAGCACGUCCACACCAUGAAGUGGAGCUACCAGUUCGUCAAGGAGCAGGCCAGCACCAAGACGCAGCUCGUCCCUACCCUCUACGUGGGAAAGCUGGACUCCCAUUUCUAUGCCUCUACAUCGCUGGUCCACGAGGGCGUGUCUAUAGUGCCACGCGGGCUGACGCUGGCGAGGAUUGAGGGGCCAACAACAGAGGAAGUGACAGUUAGGGAGAGGGGCGAAUGUGAGAUCACGCCCAGCACGGAUGUAAAGUACCCCCCAGGAAGCACCCAGACCCUGCACAACCAGUGGCUGCUCAUCGGUCAUCAUGAGCUGCCCCCAGUGGCUCACACCACUAUGCUGCGGGGUUUUCCAGAGAGCCUUCAGCGUUCAGGAGAUGCUGUCAUCCCUCCUCGGUCCUCAACACGGGCACCCUUUCACCCUUUCCUGGCAGUGAAGAAGGGCAGGGAGCCUCCGCCAGUGGACCGCAAUGCCCGGCCUGCUGCCAUGCCGCCCCUGACGGCCAUUCUGCCUGAGAGCCUGACCCAGGACCCGCUCACCCUGGCGGUGCUCACUCUGCUGCUGGGGGGCUGGCUGGUCUUCGUGCUCACAUACCCUCGGCGCAUGGCCCAUCAGGAAAAGGUGCAGAGACAGCAGCUGGAGGAGGCCCUGGAGUCCAGGCUGCAGCAUUUGCAGACCCAGCAGAGUGUCACCUCCCCCGCUGACGCUCCGACCCCUCGCAGCAGCACCGACUCUGCCAGAAACAGCUUCUCCAAUGGCUCCGGACCCCUGGGGUCACCACAGACAGCAGCAGAGCCCCUCCAAGCUGCGGAGGGACAGCCUCAGGAGGUGGAGGUGGGAAAGAUCUCCUUCUGCCCAGCUGAGGUGCUGGGGCACGGGGCCGAGGGGACCUUCGUCUUUCGGGGUCAUUUCGACGGGCGGCGGGUGGCAGUGAAGCGGAUCCUGCCCGAAUGCUUCGAUUUCGCGGAGAGGGAGGUGCAGCUCCUGCGUGAGUCCGACGAGCACCCCAACGUCAUCCGCUACUUCUGCACGGAGCGCGACCGGCAGUUCACUUACAUCGCCAUCGAGCUGUGCGCUGCCACGCUGCAGCAGUUUGUAGAGGAUCCAGAGUGUCCUCACUCCAGCCUGGACCCUGUGACCCUCCUGCAGCAGACCAUGUGUGGCCUGAGUCACCUGCACUCUCUCAACAUUGUGCACCGGGACCUGAAGCCUCGGAACAUACUGCUGUCCAUGCCAGGGCCACGGGGCAAGGUGCGGGCGCUGAUAUCCGAUUUCGGUCUGUGCAAGAAGCUGCCGGCGGGGCGGCACAGCUUCAGCCUGCGCUCAGGGAUCCCUGGCACCGAGGGCUGGAUCGCCCCGGAGGUGCUGCUCGACCCGCCUAAAGACAACCCGACCAGUGCGGUGGACAUCUUCUCUGCAGGAUGUGUUUUCUACUAUGUGGUCUCUAAGGGGCAGCAUCCAUUCGGUGACACUAUUCGCCGACAGGCCAACAUCCUGUCGGGAGCUUACAGCCUUGACCACUUCAUGGAGGACCUGCAUGAUGAUGUCAUCGCAAGGGACUUGAUUGAGAGCAUGAUCAGUGCAGACCCGCAGUCCCGUCCCUCCACGGCCUGCAUCCUCAAGCAUGCCUUCUUCUGGAGUCCAGAGAAGCAGCUGCAGUUCUUCCAGGAUGUCAGUGACCGGAUAGAGAAGGAGCCGGCGGAGAGCCCUAUUGUGGUGAGGCUGGAGACGGCGGGCAGGGCUGUGGUCAGGACCAACUGGAGGAUGCACAUCUCUGUCCCUCUUCAGACAGACCUCAGGAAGUUCCGCACUUAUAAAGGCAACUCAGUCCGGGACCUGCUGAGGGCCAUGAGAAAUAAGAAGCACCAUUACCAUGAGCUCCCUGCGGAGGUGCAGGAGACUCUGGGGGAAGUCCCAGAAGGCUUUGUGCACUACUUCACCUCACGUUUCCCUCGUCUGUUACUGCACACUCACGGCGCCCUGCGUGUCUGCGCUCAUGAGCGACUCUUCCACCCCUACUACCCCCCGCCAGACCCCGGGCCCUGCAAGGGUGCAGCCUUGUCAUGGGAGAUCCCUUGUUGAGACUACUCCUAAAGAGAGAGGCACCCCCUUUCUGCUUCGCCCCAGCUCUCCCUCUGUGAACCAACCAGACCUGUGGAAAACAUCAGUAUGGAUCGACUCGCACUGUGACCGUGUUUACACACACCGGCAAUGCCUUAGUCAUAGGGGUAAAUGAGCUGCACUGAACUGUUAUGGUCUCGAGGGCCUCAAGCAUUUGAGUUCAUUUUGUAAAUUAUUUUUUAAAAGAAAAUGAUUUUUUGCAUUUGA